CGACGCUUGGCUGCCACGCCACGCCACGCCACGCAAGCGGCCGACCGGAACGCAAAGUACCGGAACGGAGAGGCAAGCAAACGUACUUUAGAGGCAAAAACCGCGUGCGUGCGCCGCGGAGUGUGGGGCCGGCAGGCUGACAGUGGACUUCAAGUGUGGAUUUUGUUCGUUGUGGAAGAAACCGACAGUGUGAGGGGAAUUCCCCACAGGACGCUGCCUGACACUCCCAGUGCACCGUCCGGUUUUCAAUUAGUGAAGAGUUAGGAAGUGCAUCACGUGAAAAAGUGUUAGUGCAGUCGCGUGGCGCAGCAGUUGCGCAGCAGUGUCGUUGCGGGGUUGACCCCUUCCAGGAUUGUGCCCUACUCGAAGGGCACCCUGCCGCACUGCUGCACCGCCAGGCCACCAGGCCACCAGGCCCUGUUCAAGGAUUACCGCGCCCUGCACUGCCCUGCCAGCACACAGUGCGGCACACAGUGCCUGCGCCGGGGGCACCGCCUCCCCCACCACUCCCCCGGCAUUCCACCGAGCAGCAGGCGAUCGGGUUGACGAUGCCGAGCGACAUUCGGCCAUGGCACCCGCCCUGCGCUCCAUGCCGGUGCCGCCGCCGCAGCCUUCGCCGCCUGCCGAGCUCUCGGACGACGAGGAGGACGGCGACCGCCACGACCGCCACUGGCCAGCAUGCGACGGCCAGCAUGCCGGGCAGCCGGGCCGAGCAGCCACGGAGACAGCAGCGCGCCGCCUUGGCCGCGUUCACCGAGGUCGCCACCACUCUAGCAGCAGCGGCAGCGCGGCCGGCCACACGCACUCGACGCACACGCCGCCACCCGCGGCCCUAGGGGCCCUAGACGACAUGGGCAGCAGCGGCAGCAGGCAGCAGCCCGGCAAGCCCGGCCACGGCCAGCAAGGCCUGCUCGGGCGCCGCACGCAGUCCUCGGGCUCGCUGUGCACCGGCGAGAAGCUGGGCCGGCUGCUGGCGCCAUGCGGCCGCCACCGCCACCGCGGCAACCACUUCAACCACAACGACUACAACUGCAGCCACCACCACAACCACGCCGGCGACGACUGCCACCGGCAUCUCAGGUACAAGCUGUGCGGCUCCCUGCCCAACCACCUGGACGCGGCGCAGCGGGACGCGUGCGACAACAACAACAUCACGCCCGCGUCACCCUGCGUGUCCGAGAAGGACCUGCUGGACCUGGGCUACGCCUCGGAGCGCUCCCCGGACGACGAGAAGCACUUCCCCGGCGACAUGUCGGGCGCGUGCGAGUCGGUGCCGCUGCAUCGCGGCUCGCGCGGCCUGGGCUUCUCGGUGUGCGGCGGCGCGGACUGCUCCUCCGACGGCCUGGUGCGCAUCAAGAGGCUCUUCCCCCACCAGCCGGCCUGGCAGAGCGGCCGCCUCCGGCCCGGCGACGUCCUCCUGGCGGUCAACGGCGAGCCCCUCAGCGGCCUCACCAACCACGAGGCGCUCGAAGUGCUGCGCACCGCGACCGACCACGUGGUGCUGACGGUGGCCCGGCCGUCGCGGCCGCCGUCCUGGGCGCACGCCUCCCUGGCCAUGCAGGCCGGCAUGCAGCCCCGGCAGCCGCCGCAGUGCCUGCAGCUGCCCGACCCGCGGCUGUCUCGCCAGGACUCGUGCGGGGAGCUGGAGGUGGCGCUGAGCAAGGUGCAGGGCAGCCUGGGCUUCACGCUGCGCAAGGAGGACUCCAGCGUCCUCGGCCACUACGUGCGCGCCCUGGUGCGCGAGCCCGCCAUCUCGGACGGCCGCAUUCGGCCUGGGGAUAAGAUAGUCGCGGUGAACGGCGUGGACAUUUGCCACAUGACGCACGAGGAGGCCGUGCUGUUCCUGCGGCAGGCCGGCGACACGGUGCUGCUGAGGCUGUACCGCGACGUGGCGCAGACCCCCGUGUCGGCGCUGUCCCCCACGGAGGCGCACAAGGCGUUCCGCCCCAAAACCCUGAGGAAGGAGGCGCUGGACAUGCUGAGCGACCUCGCCGUGCGGCGGAUGGCGCCCCGGCCGGGCGAGUCCUCCACCCUGGGCCGGCCCCGCAAGGUGUCGGCCGGACGGGGCGCGGGGGGCGCCGCCAACGGCAGCUCGGCGUCGUCGUCGCACCUGCAGCAGCAGCGCACCAGGACGCAGUCCUUCGGUACGGCGUUCGACGCCUCCAUCGCGAGCUCUCUCUACUCAGCCCAGACUGAUUUUGAACCGUUGCUUCCCACAGAACUGAUUGCAUCUAGUCAAAGCAGCGGGCGCGCCACAAGUCUUGGCCGCGAGGAGAGCCCCCUCGUGGACCUGGCGGACUCCACCGUGUCCAGCUCGUCGCUCAGCUCGCUGGCCUCCUCCGCCAACUCGGUCGUGGAGCGGCCCGGACUGCGGCCUCGGCGGCCCGAGUUCCUGGAGCUGGCGGGGGGCGGCGGCGGCUCCAGCAGCAACAUGCACGCGCCCACCUGGAACCUGCAGAAGCUGUCCCUCGGCGGCUCCCCGGCCCAGCAGGACGCCGUCUGGACGGACGACGGCCGGUCGACGGACUUCGCCAGCCUGCCGUGCGAGGCGGCCAGCCCCGACGAGGACGUCGACGUGGUGGACGGCCGCGGCCGGAGCCGCGCCUUCAGCCACCGCAACCCCGCGUACCAGUCGGCGCACCCCGCGUGCCGCGCGCACGGCCCCGGCGGCCCCAGCGCGGGGCUCGGGGGGCUGGCGGGGCGCAGCGUCACCAAGGACCCUCGGGUGGCGAGGGGCGGCGGCACCACCACGGAGGUCGCACUGCAGGAAUCAAUCCCGGACGUCCGCGGCGGCGAGGGCCGCACGGGGCUGCUCAAGUGGAAGGGCGUGGUCUUCACCCCGGAGGACGACACGGACUCGGUGACGAGCUCGCCCCAGGACGACACGGAGAGCCAGAGCACACUGGAGGACAGCAACGGCCAGGUUUUCACGGUGGAGCUGAAUCGGGGCUGGAAUUCCCGGCUUGGCUUCAGCCUGCAAAGUCAGGGGGAUGAUUCCGUCAUCAGCGCCAUCUACAAUGACAGCGUAGCGGCGAAAAACGGACGCUUAAAGACGGGUGACCGCAUUAUUAUGGUUAACGAUGAGAGCGUCGAAGGCAUGCCCACAGCGGACGUCAUAGACCUGUUUCGGAAGAUCCGGGGGCCCAUUGCAAUCACCGUGUGGCGAGAAAACGAUCGGUAGAGUCAGUUGACCAGUCAUGCUUUAAGAAUUUGCAUUCCAUGUGCUUUGAGCCAAAGAUAACGAGAGCACACUGCCAUUCAGAAGAUGUAUUAUAGUACUUAAGACUUUUUGGCAACAGUGUCGCUUCCCGCCUUCUCAUUGUGAAUAUUUGUUCAUAUCAAACCGGAAGUGUUCAUCGUUCGAAAAGAGUCAGGAAAAGUAAGUUCUUGUAGUCACUGUCCAAAGAAAAACUUUUCACCCUCUAGAAUUUUUUUUAGAACUAUAUAAAUACUGUUAUACCAACACUAUACGUAGGCAUUAUUAAUUUAUGAGACCUGUUAAUUUUGUUCAAAAAGUCUAAUUAUUUUAAAAAUUUGUUUAAAAAAAAAAACAAUUUUAUGACUCAGUGAGUGUACCAUAGAGGAUUUUAAUCUUCCCAAGUUACGAAAGUUUCCCGCAGCAUUUUAGAACACAAUACCCUAAUGAAAAAAGUUACACUAACUUUUAUGAAUAUUCCUAGAUGGUGUAAUUUGACCCUGCACUGCAUUUUGAAGUUGUUUCUCAUGCUGACUGUCCAGCGACAUUCUGUAGAGAGUGUUUUUACCUAUUAGCUUUCUAAUUAUUCAAAAAAUUCGAAUUGUGGAAAUAUGUGAAAGACUACAGAACAUAGUUAGAAAUAUAAUUUAUAACAAACUGG